CGCACGCAAAUUUUGACGGCAUGUGUCUGUGGUUUCGGGUUCAGAAGUAGUUUUCACAUACAAGCUUUAUAUGUCAAAUAUGCUUCCCAAAAAUAACGUGGUCGCGGUGGUAGAACGUUUAUUUUGAUUAGCGAUUUUCUGCAUUUGUCAGAAGUGCCAUCGGGUAACCUGAUUCCAGACGUGUCCAUGUAAACAUGAUUAUUAGAGAAAUCGUUAUUCUUGCAAAGCAUGUAAACGUUUGAAUCGAACUAUUAUAUUAAUGACUAUCCGCAAUAACCGCAUUAAUGUGUGCAUGUAACCGUAAUGACAUAUUUACAGUAAGAACAUCGUUGGUAAGUUCACUUGGCACAAAUAGUACAUCUCUAGUUAUGUCCAUUCAGCUAAAUUAUAAACCCCUCAACCAUUUUUACUGUUUCAAAGAUGAACACAUUUUAUUUAAAUAUUAUGAAGGUAUUUAUAUUCGCUGCAAAGCAUAGCUGACGAAACAAACUGAGUAAAAACAUGGAGGAUGACCUAACCAGCACUCAACUGUGUUUGAGUGAACAUAUUUAAUGUACUGUAAAGAUGUAGCAUUUACCCUGUUUACUCUUGGUUUCAUGUCAGGCUUGGGGACGUGUUUGGUCCUUACACCCAGCCCACAGACGCGGAGUUCUUGGACAUGUGGACAGGGGUCCGCUUCAAUGAUGGGAACCUGGUCAUGGACAGUAUCCUGCAGUUUAUUAACCAGAGGGACAAGCACCGAGACAGAUGGGUUGGUGCUCUCACCUCUACUUUCAUCCCUGUUCAUAUGAUCUAUGGACCCCUGGAUCCAGUCAACCCUCACCCCCAAUUCAUCUUCCUUUACCAGAAACUGGUGCAGAGGUCUACUGUGUCGGUUCUAGAUGAACACAUCAGCCAUUAUCCCCAGCUGGAGGACCCAACUGGCUUCCUCAACGCCUACUUCAGCUUCAUCAACGCCUUCUGAGCCAACUCACCAGCAUUAGACAAUCUCAACUUGACAUCUGCGAGCAUAACCUGGGUCAUGUUCAUUCGGGCUCACAACGGGAAGGUUGUGAAAACAGAAACACGCAUUUCUUUAUUGGAGUUUAGCCCUGUGUGUUUUCUUCAAUUUGGUGCCUAAUGAACACACAUUUUCACAUCUCCCAUUGUGGAAAAAGUUGUGAAGAUUCAGCUCUGACUGGGUCGGUCGUGAACAAACACCCAUAAUUGAAAAACCUCCAACCUGGAUGAGAACUGUGCACAUUGAAUCAUAGCUGAUAUGACACACAGUAAUCUUGAAUCCAUAUCCUGGUAUGUCAUCAAAGAGCCAAGCCAGUUGGACAGAUACUGUCUCCUGCUACUCGGUAUAAAUAAAAUGACAGUACUGAAUGGAUCAUCUACUGCUGUAGGGACAUGGGUGAUCUUUCAUGCUUCCAGUAAGAU